GUUGUGUGCAUUGAUUAUUUAACUUAAACAGCAGCGUGGGGUAAAUUGAAUUAUUUAAGAGUGUUGUAAUUUAUCGCUGUACACAUAGAAGGCGGCACAGAAAUGCCACACACAAUCCAGUGUGUAACCAAGACCCCAGUGGACGUCGUCCAGUGUCCCGUUCAUUGUAAAGAGACCCCUGUCCAGAGGAGAGAUGGUCUUGUGGUCACACAGCUUGCUUGGGAUGGGAGCCAACAGCAGCUGUUCAUGAUCUUCAGUUGGUUCAAGGAUUUCUUUGAAGGGAAUGCCCAUGCCCAGUUGGAGUUUUCAAAGUUGGCAAUCAGGUUGGGCCAACUACAAGAGCUGAGCGAGCAGUUUGGAUUGCAUACUGCUUAUCACAGAAAAGGGCAUUAUUGGGUAGUGAAACCCAAGGAAAGGGAAGGAAAGGUGGCAGGUGAAGACAAGACAAGCCAAGAGGGUUGUCUGAGCGCAGCUCAUUCUGCAGAAUCCUUAAUUACCUCUGACCUUAGAAGAGAACAGUAUGGGAUGGAUGUUGUGUCUCCUGAAAAGGAAGAUAAAAUAAAGACUUGUGUGGAUUCUGCAUUUGAUGGAGAUGGUAAGAGAGAGGCUGAUAUUGAGGACAAGGUCAAGGUCAUCAGUCUUGCUGAAGGUCAUUUGGGUCAUUUCUUUGUGAACAGGGUCAGGCUGAAUGGAGACAAGUCAAGAAUAUGGCUCCCUCCUCAUCUGAAGAACUCUGCCACAGAAUACCUGGAUUUCUCGGACAUUGUCCUUUUAGAGGGGCUUCUCUUGGCCCUCAUAGUGGAUGACCAGAAGUUGACCGAUUUUGGCAAAUACACGGACUACUUUCCCAGAGAUGUGGGACUGAUGAUCAUUUGUCCUAGUGCAUCUGGUCGUGGUGACAAAGCCUUCUUCCAGACUGUGAAGGACUGUCCUACUCACAGACAAGAUUAUGAUGAACAUGACCAGCAAGGAGACCUUAGUGAUGUGAAGUGUCACUGUGAGGAGAUGAGGGAGGUAGCAAUGGUACAUCCGUCACAGAGCUCUAAGCUUUCUGCUAAGUUCAUGUUGCUUAGAUAUGCUUGGCAUAUGCGUAUCAUCAUACCCAGCGGCUGUUUUGACCCGGAGAUGGAUGAAGACAUGUUGACCUUUGGCUGGUAUGUUGACCUUCCCAUAAGAGAGGAAGCCAUGAAGGCAUCAGGAGAUGAGAUGAGACUGGAAAUGGAGAAGCACCCGUUUUCUGCAGACCUCUGCUGCAUGUUGUCCAACUUAAAUGGCAAUCCGUACCCUAUCUUGAAUGGAGUGGACUUCUCUGGGCUGUCUCCAUGUGUUCAGUUACUCUGCUCAGUGCCAGGGCAGUACACUGAUGCUACAGCAAGGAGACUAGGCAUAUUGAAACUUGGUGCAGCCAUUAAGGCUAACAUUCAGGCUGAUGACAGUGUCAUUGAUAAUGAGGUUCUCUACUAUACCAACAGCAUAGGAUUUCUGGAGGUGGACAGUUUGAGUGACCUCUGCAAGUACACAAACACUAAGAAGGAAAAUUUCAAGAUAGCAUACCCGUCCAAUGCAUAUGUUGAUGGCAUUCCCAGUGCAUUUAAUGAGAAACCAUAUUAUCACUUUGCAGACAGGUUCGGGCUCUCAAGAUGCUAUCUCCAUGACACUGUUCCCAGCCCUUUCUCCCGUAGCAAGUUUAUUGUCUGCCGAGGUAAACAAGAUGGCCGCCCAGCUUCCUCUCCCAUUAACCUGCUGUACCUUGGCAGUCAUAGAUUGGCCGCCAAAAGUCUCGGCACAGUGUCCCAUGGCGGCAUUGUGAUAAAACUUGAAUCUUAUGAUAUGGGUUUACUGGCGUGUUCCUGGACAACAGAAGAAGGAGUAUGUCACGUCCCAGACAUGUCAACAUUGGGAAUUCCAGUGGAUGUAAACAAGCUACACAAGUACGCAGCAGACGACAUUCCCUAUAUCCCAUCAGCUUACAACCAUCUCAAAGUACACCGGGCAGUAGGGAAGCUUGUCAGGGCUGUACCAAAGAAGUCUUUUGGAUUUCUUAGUAAAUUACUACCGACCGAUCCUCUUUAUGACAGCAUAGAGCCAGAGAAAUUGAAACUCCCUGAGAAAGAAUUAUUCAUACAUCUCGACACCAUUAAAGAUUCUGGAUUUUCCAAUCAGUUGGUGGCAGGCAGCAUAUUUGAUGUGUUUUAUGCCAAACUAAAGACACAUACCAACAAAAGGGAGAGUAAUCCUAGAGCCUUUUAUGUGGUGAAUAUUAUUAGAGAAGGUGAUGCAAAGAAAGAAAAACCCAGCCCCUUGUUUGAGGAAAACACAGGAAGAAUGCUGGCGGAAAUGUUUGGAUCAGAUGAUUGCACCCCACCAGAUGGCAGUUCAGCCAAGAAAAUCUCCAUCCAGAGACAUCUCACAUUAGACCCAGAGAAGUCAUUUGAAGAAAACAUGGUUGUGCUUGGUUUAAACAGUGAUGAAGAGAUAGACGAGUAUAUGAGAACCAAUUGGUUCAGUGGUGCCCUUGCUGUCAAAAGAGGAAAAAGGCAGCAGAAGAUGUGCUCUAUAGAACCCGACCCAUGCCUGUCGCUAAACAGAUUCAUGGAGCGUUACAUCACUUGGCGGUAUGGGAAAAACUGGCAUCCGUACGCAUUUGGGCCAUGUAGCUAUCACAAUGUGCUGCGCUCCUUCAGAUGUGUGGUUUAGGAUGGUAGAUGUGUCAGUAACUGAAUGAUUUGAUUAGCCUAAGCAACCAAGAAACCUACUGCACUCAUAUAAACAUAUGGUAUUGCAAAUGGUAGAUGUAAUUAACUGAUUAGUUUGUUUAAACUUAACAACAUUUAAGCAAAGGACCUGCUGCGCUCAUCCAAACAUGGUAACGAGGAUGGUCAAUGUGAAUAGUCGGGUGCUCAUCAUUUGCAAGUUAUCGGUCAAGGUGCCUGAAACCUGUUCACCUCCUACAAGCGUAUAAACAGAAUGGCUAAUGUUAUUGGCACAAAAACAGCUACAAAGAUAAUGGCUCAUUUCAGAGAACUGAUUAAGUGCUAGAUUAAAUUGAAAAGAUUUUGCUCUUAUAUUUCUGGUUAUUGGUUUAUAAAUAUUUGUGUGCUCUUGGAUUGAGAUUGCACUGUUGAGCAGCACUUAAUUUUUUUUGUUUUGUUUUUCUUACAAUGGGAAAUUGUUAUGUGUAUGUUCAGUGUACAGGUGUGUUAUAAGAAAGUAUUUUUCAUAUCCUUUAUUUCUCAAGACUCUGUUUCUCAAAAGUCAUAUUUCGGGCUGAAAUCUUAGUCUAUAUUUUGUAAUUUAAGUUGCAUUCCACAAAGAAUCUCAAAGGUUGCUCACUGUACUUGUUCUAGUCAACAAAAUGUAACAGGUACUAUGUGUGUAGAUAAGUUUGUUAGUUUUUUUCAUUGGGUUUUAUGGUAUUUGGAAGCUGUUCAAGAGAAAGCACCUAGUAAACUGGAUUGUGAUUGCCAAUUUUUUUUUUUUUUUUUAGAUUAUCCUUCAUUUCUGAAGGCAUUAUGCUUUCUUUGAGGAAAUGGAAUCAUUAUUCCCUGCUCAAAAACUUAAUUUCUAAUGCCAAAGAAUAUUGGAAAGAAAUUUUCUCAGAUUAAACAAAGUUAAGAAAAAUUAUAGUCAAAAAAAUUUAUUUUUUAAAAUUUAUUUGUAUGUUGAAGGUUAUUUUGGAGUUUGAAAAACUGUAAAUUGAUGGUCAAUAAAGACUAGAAAAUUGUUAAGAAUGCCUUGAAAUUAUCAUUUUGUAUUAUUUCUCCAGAAUCCUGUAUCUCUUCACUUCUCAAAUUCAGUACAUUUCGGCCAUUUUCUUGUUAAGAAAUUCCUAUUUUUUUUAAUACUAUGUGUAGCAGUUGUGUCUUAUCUUUUCUGAUCCCUUUUAUGACAUUUCAGUUUUCCUCAAAAUACAUAAUUAAUUUCUCUUUCAUAUACAGUGAAAUUAGUCAUACAUGGUCUCCUUUAUCAAACCACAUAAAAUUAAUUUCAUAAUGCUUAGAAAAUUUUAUAAUAUUGUGAAUGCACUUUCUUGCACAUAAUCAAAUUAGAAAUAUUUGAUAAAAAUAUAUUUAUUUACAAAUUACCAAGAAUACUGAUUACAUAAGUCAAGAUUUACAGGGACAUUCAGAUAUUUGCUCUUGAAUUCAAGAUUGGACAAUUUAGAAAAUCUAUGCCUUGGAAAUCGACGUCAGAAGCAUUUGGGGUUAUGAAAGAAAUAACAUGCAGCUUCAGGUGGAGCCACUUUCCCUUCAGUCCUCACCCCCAUCCUUCUUCUGUCCAUAGGAUAAUUACACUGGGGCAUGUGGAGCUGUAGAAGACUUGGGAGGGUUUGUGAAACUGAAAAUGCUGUUCACACUCGGUAUUUAGCAACUGACAUGACAAAAAGAUUAAACUUGUUUUAUACAAGAAAAGGAAAAAAGUCUCCUCCUUUUGGGUGCACCUGCAUCACCUUAAAAUAACCUUUUCCUCCCAUAACAAUGGAAUAAUGGAAUGGUUCCCCCUCCCUUCCCCAUCUCUCUGGAGAGGUGGGGUGGGAUAACAUUCAUAUGUUUGAAAUACAUGCUAUUGCUGUUUGACUCACUAGAAUCUUUUUCUUUUCUUGAAACCCUAUUACAUCCCUUGCAACAAACUUUUUUUCACAAUGAUU